AUGACGUUGGAAGUCGUUAUUCUGUUGAUUCUCGGACUGUCAUCAGGAGUAAGAGCUACUGCUAUUACUGGCGCGGUGCUGGCAAGGCAACAAGACGAUGCUGCCACGCAGGUUGAGUGUCCCUCAUUCACCUCAGCGAACAGUCCUCUCAGCCUCGAGUCCAUUGUACGUGCCAUAGUCGAUGGCGACUGGCAGCGUCAUCGUUUGGUGCUGCAAUUGGUGAAAGAAGCACGCACUUUGGAGCUGAAACGUUCCAUUUACGAGACAUUGUGGCUGGAGUGGAAGCAGACCAAAAAAAACAACGAUCCGAUCAAAUUACUGGACUUAUAUGAGCAACUCAAGCUGCAGUCUGAUAUUCCGGCAGAUUUUCAACAAAUGGUCUAUCAAACUUUCAUAUCCCGCAGCGCUCAUCUGCUUUCCGCACCUCUUCACGCUAAAAGUCGCUGCACUGAUUUCCCUUUGGUCACCACUCUGCUGCAGCUCUUAAAGCAAAGUCCACAGAAUCUCACGAGUGCUAUAUUCGACGCCGUGUUUGACAAAGUGCUCACAUUCGAAACCCCAUUAAGUGUGGCCCAACGUCUUGGCAAUUUCAACGCUAGUUUGACACAAUUAGCCACGCUCAAUUUUAAGAUGAUGAGUCGCAUUGAAGUACAGUUGAAUUCGAGUGCCCAUGCUGUGUUGUUGGACAAUCUUCGCCAGUUGGUGAAGCAAUGGACCUUUAGCGAGUAA